UAUUUCUAUGUAGUAAGUUGCGAGGUAGAUGUUAUACUCUAUCGUUUACGAUCAACUAAUAAAAAAUCACGUUGCAACUGUUUUUCGAUGACUUCGGUUAAUUCCGUAACUAGUUCAAAGUGUGAACAGUGAAACAUGGCGUGGUCUCCGGAAGAAAAUGGACUGCGUCAAAUUCUACAAUUAUUGAAAGAAUCUCAGUCUCCUGAUACAGCUGCACAGCGGGCAGUUCAACAAAAACUUGAGGAAUUGAAUACUUACCCUGACUUCAACAAUUACCUCAUUUUUGUGCUGACUAAAUUAAAAUCUGAAGAUGAUCCAACUCGGUCACUCAGUGGUCUCAUCCUCAAAAACAAUGUUCGAGCUCACUUUGAGAAAUUCCCUUCAGAAGUCACUAAUUUCAUCAAAUCAGAAUGUUUACAGAGUAUUGGCGAUUCUUCUCCGUUAAUUCGGGCCACUAUUGGCAUUCUGAUCACAACUAUAGUGGCAAAAGGGGAGUUGAGAAACUGGCCAGAACUGUUACCCAGUCUUUGUCAAUGCCUAGACUCAGAAGAUUACAGUGUUUGUGAGGGUGCUUUUGGUGCAAUGCAGAAGAUCUGUGAAGAUUCUACUGAGGCACUUGACAGUGAUCUUGUAAAUCGACCGCUUAAUAUACUUAUACCAAAGUUUCUUCACUUUUUUAAACAUAACAGUGCAAAAAUUCGUUCACAUGCCAUUGCUUGUGUCAACCAGUUCAUCAUAAGUCGGACUCAGGCAUUGAUGAUGCACAUUGAUUCCUUUAUUGAAAAUCUCUUUUACUUGGCAAGUGAUGAAGAUACUGAGGUCCGUAAGAAUGUUUGCCGUGCUCUGGUGAUGCUUGUUGAAGUGAGAAUGGAUCGCUUAAUACCCCACAUAAAUGACAUCAUUGGAUAUAUGAUGUUACGCACUCAAGAUGAUGAUGAUGCAGUUUCCCUGGAAGCUUGUGAGUUUUGGCUUUCUCUAGCUGAACAACCAAUUUGUAAAGAUGUUUUGGCUCCUCAUAUUAUGAGGCUGGUUCCUAUUUUAGUGAAAGGAAUGAAAUAUUCUGAAAUUGAUAUUAUUCUUUUAAAGGGUGAUGUUGAAGAAGAUGCUACUGUUCCUGAUAAGGAAUCUGAUAUAAAACCUAGAUUUCACCGAUCUAGGACUCACAGCCAAAAACACCAAGAAGGAGAAGAGGAUGGGGAAUAUUCUGAUGAAGGUUUUGAUGACGAUGACAGUCUGUCUGAUUGGAACUUACGUAAAUGUUCUGCUGCCGCUUUGGAUGUUCUUGCUAAUGUAUUCCGUGAUGAACUGCUGCCAAUUCUAUUACCAAUCCUGAAAGAAACUUUGUUUCAUGAAGACUGGGACAUUAAGGAAUCUGGUAUUUUAGUGCUUGGCGCCAUUGCUGAAGGCUGCAUGACAGGGAUGGUUCCUCAUUUACCUGAACUUAUUCCUUAUUUGAUCAAUUGUUUAGCAGAUAAGAAAGCAUUAGUCAGAUCCAUUACCUGUUGGACACUUAGUCGAUAUGCCCAUUGGGUUGUUGGACAACAACAUGAACUUUAUUUAAAACCUUUGAUGACUGAACUUCUAAAAUGUGUUCUUGACACAAACAAACGUGUUCAGGAAGCUGCUUGUUCAGCCUUUGCUACCCUUGAAGAAGAGGCUUGUACUGAACUUGUUCCUUACUUGGGGUACAUUUUGGAAACCCUUGUAUUUGCUUUCAAUAAAUAUCAACACAAAAAUUUGUUAAUUCUUUAUGAUGCGAUUGGCACUUUGGCUGACUCGGUUGGUCAUCACCUGAAUAAACCUGAAUAUGUGAAUUUGUUGAUGCCUCCUUUGAUCCAAAAAUGGAAUGUACUGAAAGAUGAAGACAAAGAUCUUUUCCCCCUUCUUGAAUGUUUGUCAAGUGUUGCAACAGCUUUACAAUCUGGAUUUCUUCCCUAUUGUGAACCAGUCUAUAAGCGAUGCGUUUCACUUGUAGAGCAGACUCUCAACCAAAACUUUGCCAACUUGACACAUCCUGAGCAGUAUGACCCACCAGACAAGGACUUUAUGAUAGUUGCCUUGGAUCUUUUAAGUGGCCUUGCUGAAGGACUUGAACAUCACAUAGAAGGUCUUGUUGCUAAUAGUAACAUCCUUAAAUUGCUCUUUCAGUGUAUGCAGGACCCAAUGCCUGAAGUUAGACAAAGUUCUUUCGCUUUGCUAGGAGACCUGACUAAAGCUUGCUUCCAACAUGUAAAGCCAUGUAUAGGUGAAUUUAUGCCAAUACUUGGUGCUAAUUUGAAUCCAGAAUACAUAUCAGUGUGUAAUAAUGCAACAUGGGCUAUUGGUGAAAUUUCCAUCAAAAUGGGUCAUGAAAUACAGCCAUAUAUAAAUUUAGUUGUCACACCUCUCAUUGAAAUAAUCAAUCGACCUAACACCCCAAAGACUCUGCUGGAGAACACAGCGAUAACAAUUGGUCGCCUUGGUUUAGUAUGUCCGCAAGAAGUCGCCCCUAUGUUACAACAGUUUAUCAGGCAGUGGUGUACUUCCUUGCGGAAUAUCCGUGACAAUGAAGAAAAGGAUUCUGCUUUCCGUGGAGUGUGUAACAUGAUAAAUGUGAACCCAGCUGGUGUUGUACAAGAUUUCAUUUUCUUCUGUGAUGCUGUUGCCUCUUGGGUGCACCCCAAACAUGACCUUAAAGAAAUGUUCUACAAGAUUCUUCAUGGAUUCAAGCAACAAGUUGGAGAUGAGAAUUGGUCCAAGUUUUCAGACCAGUUUCCACAACCUCUUAGAGAGCGACUUGCUGUUAAUUAUGGAGUUUGAUUAUCUAGGUUGCUCACCAAGGAUGGGAAGGGGUUCUAGGGAUGGUCAACAAGCAACCAGGGGCAGCAGCGGCUACGGCAGCAGCAGCAGCAGCAGCCUCAAUCUCAUGGCUACUACUCCAGGGGGCCGUACGUACAGGGGUUGGCGUAGGGGAAGGUAGGGCCAGCUCAGCUAAGUCAGGAGGGGGGUGGGUCCCUGCAAACGACAGUUCCCCAAACCGGAGGAGUUAAUGGAAAUAAUUAAAUUAAACUAUGGAAAAGGUUUUACUGGGGGGUGGAUAAUUUCUAGAUCCCUCUAUUUCCUAAGUAUUAUUACUAACAUAAAACUAUUAUUACUAUUUGGGGAUUGUCAAUUGCCCCUGCAGCAGAAGCAGCAGUCUACUGGAAAGUAAAGCAAAAAAAAAAAUUCAAGUGAUCAUCAGCUUCAUUGGGAGGGAUGUGAUUGGGAGGGAUUUGUACAUGUUUUCUUGUCGUACAGUGUCUGCAUUCCUGCCUCUGCUGACCGACAAACUGAUGAUUAUGCCACUAAACAAGCACAGCAAGCAGCUGCAGUCAUCAACUCCACUACUAUAUUACAACCACCAUCACCAUAACCAACUUGCUGUUCUCUCUUUCACUCCUCCAUAAUAUUCCUUUAAUAUCCUCCUCAAUAAUAUAUGUUGACCCUUGACUGGAUCUGCUUCAGUUUUGUAUUCCCCUCCCUUUUUUUAUUGCAUGCAGCAGCAAAAAAAAAUAUAAUAAAAAAAGACAGAUCCAUCUGUUUGUGGGCUCAACACCACUAAAAUGCGCAUGUGCGUACACAUACACACACACACCAACCAACCAACCUGUUUCUGAUCUACACAUAAAUGUGAUGAUCUCUUCUGUGUGGAGCAGAUUGCCCCUUUAUUGCACUCACAAUGACUUUUGAAAAAAAAUGCAGCUUCAGUGCAGAUGGCAUUAUCAGCUUAACAGAUUGGCGCAAACGGCAACAUUUGCCUGUCAGUCAGUGAUUAGUGUGAACAGCACUUUGCUUGCAUGCACUUAAAUUGCAUGCUCCUGUUAAAUUUUAAACCUGUUGAAAUUUGCACAUGGGUAUUUUAUGUGAGUGUGUUUGUAAGUAUAUAUGUGUAUAUGCAUGUAUAUAUAUGCAUAUGUGUAUAUAAAGUAUGAGUGUAAGUAUAUGCAUGUAUGUAGUGUGUAUAUACAUGUGAAAGUAUAUAAUAUGUAUAUAUUAUAUAGCUGUAUGUAUGAUUCUUUUUCUAGCAAAUCUCCUUGAUGGAGAAGCAUGUCCUAUCGUUACUUCUAUAUUGUAAAAGAAGCGACAAUAAUUGACAAUAAUAGAACGCUCUCUUAAUUGGGCAAAGUACUAUUGCUAUUAUAGGUACUCUAUUACUUAUUACACAACAACGAUUAUUGACUUCCACCACUGGCUUUCAAUUUGUCUGCUGAUAACAUAUUUAUUUUUAUUUUUUUAUCAUGUUGUGCCAGAUAUGGAGGCGGAACAAUAGGAAACACUGCCACCAGUUGGAGACAAAAUAGUUCAUUUGAGUCUGAGGAAAUAUUGUAUAUGAGCUGGACUUAGUUAUAUUUCAUUCUUACUGACGACUCUGAACAUGCAUAUUCUUCCUUUUUCAUUCUAGUCUCAUCCUUUUUACCUCUAGUAUCUCUACACUUUUUUUUGUAUAUUAACUAUACCCCUGUUUUUAUAGAUCCCUUCCUUGUCUGCUAUCUCCCUGAUUAUUCUAAAUGUUUUUUUUUAAAAUUUCACUUUGAUGCUUAUUCAAGAUUUUUAUUGUAUUUUUCAAUUCUGAGAAAAUUUAUUUUUUUAAGACAUCUUUUUAGAAUGUUCUAUCCUUGACAAUAAUUUCAAUGUCUGUUUGCUAAAAUUAAUACUGAUCCCAUAACAACUGUACAUACUUUUUUGAUAAUUUUUCCCUUCCCCUAUUUCUCAUUUGCUCUGAGAAAAUUUGGCUGAAAAUAGUACUGUUUAGUGAUUUAAUAGUGUUGGUUGUGACAGCCCUGCUCUCAUAACUCAGUCGCAAUAUUCCAAAACCUGUUUGGUGCUGAAUUGAAUAACAGUGUCUGUUUCCUGGUGUUUGCCUUUAACUAUUAGGCAAUGUCAAAAGGAACUAAUCAGACUUGAAUGACAUAUUUAUUAUUCAUUUUUAAAAAAAAAGAUUGAAGUAUUUUAUAAUUCCUUUCUACAUACAGUUGCUUUUACCUUCUGUAACUAUUUCGGGUCCAUAUUGCUGUACUGGAGUUAUAAAGAGAUUUUCCUGAGCAAAAUCCUUCUUGGUUCUUUUUCCUUGCAACCUAUUUGUCAUAUUUAGAGCUGCUAGUCUGAGAAUAAUUAAAAUCAAUGAUUAAAUAGAAAACUAGUGAUUUGUUUUUCAUUUAUCAAUUUGCAUCUUAGUUUUUCUUUUUAUGUUUUAGUUUACCUUUCUCAAUAGCAGAUUUAUUAAAUGGAAGCUUUAGGGGCUAAACUAUUUGUUUUGGUCUUUUUUUUUCUUCAGAGAAAUGGUUCCUAUUUCCAUUAUUCUUUGUGGAAAAGGAAUUUAUAUUGCUGACAGUGUUUUUUGUUUAAUGGUUUAAUCAAACAUUCCUCCCUUUCCAUGAAUAGCUUUGUAAAGUUCUGUCUUAUGCCAUGCAUUUUGACACUUAUUUCUAUGGCUUCCUUUUGGUUUGGUCUGUAUAGAUGCCUACACUCUAUCUAGAAACAAUUCUGUGAAGCUACUUCUGCAUGUUGCUAGACUUGACUUAAUCUUUGGAUGACAGUCAGGUUGUCAAAGGUUGACAUCAACACUGUAGUGGACAAAGAAUUAUCCAAACUGGUGAUGUUACAUUACUAUAAGUUAGCCGUACUGUAGUAAUGGUGUGUGACUAAAUUGUAACAGUGUCUUCUGCACCUGGUCUCCUGCUCACUGGCUUUGCAAUGUGUGUUGGCAGCAUUUUGAAAGCAAUGCCCUGGCCAAAAUGGCUAUUUUUUGUGCUACUAUUAUGACAGAUCUAAUCAGUUUGGCUGUUGUUUUGUCUUGUGCACGUUAAAGCAAUUUGACAUCUAUUAUUGUUAUUAUUGUUGGUCACUAUAUAGUUUGAGAAUGGUUGGUAUAUUAUUGUUGUUCGGUAAAGAAAUUCCUACAAUACAGUGUGGCUGUGUUUACAUUAAUGCCUGCCGUUCUCUGGAAAACAAGUGAAAUAGCAUCACAUUGUUGACUGUUGUGAUUGACUAACAUUAUUAAACUUAUGGCAUGCUAACUUUGAACUUUUUUUACCCCAAUAACUGGUCUUAUAUUUUACAGUAGCUAAGCCAGCACUGAAAAAUUGUCACUUUGGUAUUAUAAAAAUAUGCCCAAGUGUCUCUUAGUUUUUGAAAAUGUUUAAAUCUAUUCAUCUACUGCUUUUUAAUUUUUUUUUUUUACCUAAAUAUUUCUUUGCUGUUAACAUUACUAUUAUGGAAGCAAUCAAUGAUGAAAGAUUACUCAACUGCAAACAUUUGUUGAGGCUCAAUUACAAGUAUAAUAUGCUGGCUUUGGCUUUAGCUUAGGCAUUCUAGAAGUCAACUAUUGUCUGCAAUUUUAAUACUGACACUCUACUCUCUCUCUCCUCCCGUCUUCAAUAUUCUUACAAUUAAGGUUACUAGCAGUUGAUUUUUCUGCUUUAGAUUCUGUUCUGGCAGCAACAACAGGUAUAGUGAGCAGCCAGCAAUGUUGGUUAUAAACUGGCUGUAAUGAGUUAACAGGUUAUGUAGUUAACAAAGGCAUAAAGACAACUGUUUCAAUUAACAAGAAACCUAGUUGUCUCUUUAUACUGCCAGACAUUGUCUGCUUGUAUGUUUUGUCUUCUGAUUUUAAAGUAAAGCAUGCUGAAUAAACUGGUUGGUAUCAUGGAAGAA